CCGCUUUCGUUAGAGUAACAAUUAAAACAAUUGUUUAGAGAAAAUUGCAUGUAUGUGCAAAACGAUAGUAAAAUUCCACUUCAUCUUGGAUCACAAUAAAAUAAAGUCAUAAGUAAAUAUCGUUAUCAAGAGAUAAUUAACAUUUGUCGAGAGGAAUUCUGCGUAACGGACGUUUUAUGAAUAGAUUUAAAAAUGGGGAUUUUAUGUUUGAGGCGCGACGCGGGUCUCGCCUCAUAAAUAAAUUCUCAGAUCCAAGAGUGUUUUGUAAGCUAACGCACGUUUGUGAACUGUUUCUGUGUAUCAGCUGUUUUAUUUCAGUUUUACUGUGGUUACUACGUGUCCAGAUUGUUUCUGCACUGAAAUGUUUGAAGCAGAAAGACUUUAAUGUCAAAAAAAGAGAAGACGUUUAUUAGACAAACGCGCCACAAUUUUGAAAGUGUAUUUUUUAAGAAAUUGAUAUCGAGGACUAGCCGGUCCUUGAUGAACUCGACAAGCAACAAACCCAGCACUCUCACUCUUUGUAUAUCGAAGAGCCCCUGCCGGUAUUCCGCUAGAGAUCCGAGAUUAAGACAUUGGUCAAGAGAACUUAUCGUGUCUUCAACGUAGACAAACUUAACUCGCUCAUUGAAGGCGACUUAUCUCUUCUAUACGAAGAUCACACGGUUCCAAGUACGUACUUAAAACCGUACUUAAAACGCGUGGAAUGGAAACGGAAAGAAAGUACGCAAAUGGAAUACCAGGUAAAGAUAGUGUUAAACAUGAACAAAGCGUACCGUCUGAAGAGGAGAAGACUACGUCUCCGCUGUUAAUCAAGAACGACAUCAAGUACAUCGAUUCCGUUCAUGACAGCAAGUGCGAUGUCAGAAACUCGGAUAACAAUGACCUGAAUACAGUGAAUGCGAUGAAAACGGACGAAAAGAAGGAUACACUAAGUGUUGCGUAUAACAAAGACGACGACGAUGCUAAGUCAACCAAUGAAAGAGUUACAUUCUUGGGCAUUGGUGAUGCAGAUAGUAUAUGUUCUAGCAAAGACAUUGAACAAGAACCACAGAUACCGGAUGGGGGAUGGGGCUGGGUGGUCGUAGCCGCCUCCUUUCUUAUCGCCACGGUGGCUGAUGGCUCGGCUUUUUCUUACGGUUUACUGCAGAUUAAAUUUGUGGACUUCUUCGAAACAAGCGAAGCAAAGACUUCAUUGAUUGGCAGUCUUUUUAUAUCGGUUCCAUUGAUAGCUGGACCUAUAAUGAGCGCUCUCGUCGAUCGAUACGGCUGUAAGAGGAUGACUAUGGUUGGUGGACUUUUUUCCACUGUUGGAUUUGUUGCUGCUUCAUACAGUAACACAGUUGAAGCGUUGUACGUAACGUAUGGUAUAAUUGCUGGAUUAGGAAUGGGGUUACUGUAUGUAACUGCCGUGGUAUCUAUAGCAUACUGGUUUGAAAAACGACGUAACCUAGCAGUAGGUUUAGGAUCAUGCGGUGUCGGAUUUGGUACAUUUGUGUACUCACCCCUGACGACAUAUUUGUUGGAUGAGUACGGUUGGAGAGGAACUUUGCUUCUUUUGGCUGGCACAGUACUUAAUGUGUGCGUUUGUGGAGCAGUAAUGAGAGAUCCAGAGUGGCUGAUCAUAGAACAAAAAAAACAAAGGAGACUUAGUAAAGCUAAAAGAGCGUGCAGUUAUACAUCGAUAUCAGCAAGGUCUGCGAAAUCAUGUGGCGGAGAGUCUAUAUAUCCUGGAGUUGAAGAGUUGAAGUCAUUAAUGAAUAGUGGUGAUACACCCGAAGACAUCCUUAUGGCCUUAGUUUCAUCUAUAGCAGAAGCAGAAAACGUAGAAGAGGCUACAAAAAGAAAUGCUGAUUCGUCGCAACUUCAUAAAGGAAGUUCCGUCAUUAAUUUGCCUACAUUCUUGCGACAAAAUGAAAGGGUACCAAUUGAAGUAUUGGAGCAACUAAAGUCUAAUGAACGCCUAUACAGUAUCGUUUUGCAAAACUAUCCUUCACUACUUGCUCUGAGGACGUCCUCAGAGACUAAAUUACCAAUCGAGUCACCAAAGAAAGAUGGAAAAACAAAAAUAAGCAAAAAGGAAAAGAAAGAAUUCGACAAGAAAAUCGAAAAUGUUAAAAAUAAAUUGCUCCAACCAAUACCUGAAAAUAACGUAAUUACUCCAAAAGCUCGUCAGGAUUGGUUUACCAGGAAUAUUCAAGCCGAUCACAACUAUUUAAGGGGUAUUAGAGUACAUCGUAACUCCAUUAUGCACAGAGGUGCUAUGAUGAACAUAGCUAAAUAUAAAUUGAGGGCAUCUUCCUGCCCAGAUAUUUAUAAAAACUCAAUGUGGUCAGUGAAGGAGGAGGAAGAUAAGACAUGGGGAAGGCGUUUCUUGGACAUUAUCAACAAAACGUUCGACUUCAACAUGUUCACGGAAUUUCAUUUUCUUAUGAUGAAUCUGUCUACUUUGGUUCUAUUCAUUUGGUUCAUCGUACCUUACUUCUACAUUUCGACUUUCAUGGAAGAGAGCGGGUAUACUGAGACACAAGGUGCUUUGAUGCUCAGUACUUUCGGAGUAGCUACCAUUAUUGGAAUUGUUGGGCUUGGCUGGAUGGGUGAUCUGCCUUGGGUGAAUAUCACCAAAACAUACGGGGUUUGCCUCGUACUGUGUGGCGGUACAAUCGUUCUCUUCCCAGUUCUUAUUCGCCUGAUGGAUCCAAAGGAGACAUAUAGCUUCUAUAUUCUCACUUUGAACGCUUUUAUCUUUGGUCUCACCUUCUCAAGUUCGUAUUCCUAUACGCCGAGCAUUUUGGUGGAGCUGAUAGCGUUGGAAAGAUUCACAAUGGCAUAUGGCUUGGUACUUCUUAGUCAAGGUGUAGGACAUUUGAUCGGACCACCUAUGGCUGGCGCUCUUCGUGACAGGACCGGAUAUUGGGAUGCAGCUUUCUACGUGGCGGGAAUUUGGGUCGUUGUUUCCGGUCUAUUGGUAGCUGUAAUACCAUACACAAAAAACUUUAGGAUUGUUGGAGACGCACCUCUUGCGAAGGAUGCUGCCGGAGAACCCGAUCCCAAUGUAAAAAUAAUAAUCGCUCAUUAGAGCCGUUUAUUUUUGUAUUAGUAUUUUUAUAUUAUAAUAAAUCUACCUAAAACCAAGACAAUUAUAUUACCAGCAAGAAGUUUUAAAAAACAUACUAGCUGUUUUAGUAAAAAUUACUUUGGUAAAGAGUAAAAUUUUUAGAGUGUAAGAUUAUUUAGCAGGCUUAAUUUUACAUAUUUUUAUAUGUAUAGGUAUAUUUACUUUUAAUUGUUUAAUUAAUUUGUGUAUUGACGCGCGAAGGGCAUGUUUUAAGUUUUGUGUGUAUUACUAAUUUAACGAGUGUACUUUUGUUUAGUCAUAUUCACUUAAUUGUAGUUUUUUUUAAAUAAAAUGAUGGUAUAAAAAGCUUUUGGCGCCAUAUCUACUCUGGCACCUUACAUUUUCGACAGUGUACUUAUUUUUGUGUUUUUGAACAGAUUACAUUUAUUGUCUACUUAAUUUUAGUUCCAUAAAAAUUAGGAUGUCCCAGUUAUAAAAAAAAUCUUAAAUGAUGUAUGUAUUUUGAUUCUAGACACUUUCUUGAAUUAUAUUUUGUUAUUUCAAUACUUUUGAUAUUAACAUUAAAACAUUACAUCUAGACAUAUACUUAAGAAAGUAUUGUGUAAAAUAUUGAAAAAUAAAAAUCGUGACUUAA